AUGAAAACAAGAAAGAUUUUAUCGCUUAUACUGAAAUCACUAUUACUAAUAUUAGGCGUGAUUAUCGUUGCAGUUAUUAUCAGAACUGUUACCUUCCCUGACGCUCAACCCUAUUUUGAGAAGUGUAAAGUAUCGGAUUCGGACUUUAUCCCAUUAAAUGAUGUAAGAUUGCAACACUUUAGAACUGCUAUUCAAAUACCAACGGUAUGCACAUCUAUCGAUAAUUGUAAUUUCACAGCCAUUCUACAAUUGCAUGAUCAUAUUCAAGAAUCGUUUCCACUUAUCCAUUCAUCCAACUUUAUCCAACGUAUCUUGUUUGCAAAUUAUACCUUGUUAUAUCGUGUUGAAGGCACAAAUAGCACCUUACCUCCAUACAUGCUGGUUAGCCAUCUAGAUGUAGUCCCUGCCAAGGCUGCAGAAUGGCAAGUUGAUCCCUUUUCAGCCACUGUUAAAGAAGGCUAUAUUUUCGGUCGAGGUACACUUGAUGUCAAGCAAACGUUAUUCGGUAUGAUGGAAGCACUAGAAUUUAGACUGGCUAAAGGUCAAAGACCUAUUCGUACAUUUUAUAUGGCGAUGGGUCAUGACGAAGAGGUAUCGGGUCUCCGAGGUGCAAAAGCGGUUGCCAAUUACUUUUCUUCACGAGGAAUAACGCUCGACUUUAUUUCUGAUGAAGGGAUGGUCGUAGCGGAUGGCAUAUUACCAGGCAUGCAAACCCCCGUCGCAUUAAUUGGUAUCGCUGAAAAAGGUAUGGCAACAUUCGAAUUUAGUGUCUCUGUCACUCCAGGACAUGCUUCAAUGCCAGCUGGAGAAACUAGCAUUGGCAUCUUAUCGAAGGCUAUGGUAUCAUUAGAGCAAAAUCCCCAUGAGAACUUCUUUGGAAAAGGACCCGAACGAUUAUUGUUAGAGUACGUAGUAAACAAAAUGACAUUACCGCAUCGCGUUCUAAUGGCUAAUUUAUGGCUUUUUGGACCUCUAAUCGCUCGCGCAUUUGCAUUAAAACCGAAUACAAACGCAAUUAUACGCACCACUACCGCCUUAACUAUGUUUAAUGCUGGUGUAAAGUGGAACGUCAUUUCAUCAACAGCAAAAGCAGUGGUAAACCAUCGUAUUCAUCCACUGCAAUCAGUGGCGGAUGUUCUCAAAAUUGAUAAAAAAAUAAUCCAAGAUGAUCGAGUAAAGGUUAAAAUACUCAGUGCAUAUGAACCUUCACCGAUUUCGCCAACCGAUUCUGAUGGCUAUCGAAUUCUGCAUCAAAGUAUAUAUCAAAUAUUUGAAGUACCCGUAGCUCCAGCACUUUUCAUUGCGUCCAGCGAUUCGAAACACUUCGUCAAACUCAGUAAGAAUAUAUAUCGAUUUGCACCUUCCUUUUUAAACAGUGCUGAAUUAAAGGGAAUCCAUGGAAACAAUGAAAAAAUUAAAAUCAAAAAUUAUGAGCAAACCAUCAAUUUUUAUUAUCAUUUAAUGAUUAAUGCUGAAAAAUCUGCAAAUUUAAAAUCAGCUUUUGACAAAGGUCAUCAAGAUCUAUAA